AUUGAUACAAAACGCAAGAUGACAAAUUGUCGGACAUUGCUGUUGUUUUUCACCAUCUUUCUGUCAAUAGCGACAAUUCAGUCAGCUUGUAGGCGAUCGUUGACUACCGCUUCAGGUUGGAAGGCUCCCAAAGGCCCAUAUUGCUCCGGACAAUUGAUUUUUAGUGAUGAUUUCAACUCUAUCAACUGGUCCGUGUGGGAACAUGAAAAUUCUCUCGGAGGAGGUGGGAACAACGAAUUCCAAUGGUACUCCGGCGGGGGUCGAAAUUCCUACGUGAAGAAUGGUCAUUUCUAUAUUCGACCAACCUUAACCGCCGACGAGUUUGGUGAGCGCUUUCUUACUUCCGGUGUGAUCAAUUUAAAUCAAGGACCCAAACACCAAAGAUGCACUGACCCACCUGGUUGGGCCGAACAAAUCCAAGGUUGCUAUCGUAGGGGUAGUCACAAUCGGAUUUUGAAUCCGGUACGAAGUGCCCGAGUUAGAACCAUCAAUGCGUUCGCCUUUAAAUAUGGAAAACUGGAAAUAAGAGCGAAGCUCCCGACUGGUGAUUGGAUUUGGCCCGCGCUGUGGUUACUGCCAAAGGGAGACACCUACGGUUAUUGGCCCAAAUCUGGAGAAAUAGAUCUGAUGGAGUCACGCGGUAAUCGAGACCUCCGGCUGAACAAUGAAAAUAUUGGCGUAAAGAAAGUGGGUUCUUGCUUACACUUUGGAGAAAAUGCAAACUAUCGCAGUUCACAGUGUGGUUCAUUCCAUCAAAAUGGACUGAACACGGGUUUCCACAAUUACCAACUAAUUUGGACGCAAAAUGUAAUCCAAUUCGCCAUCAACAAUCGGAUCUUUCGAACCGUCACUCCGUACGAAGGUUUCUGGAGGCUCGGUGGAUUCAGUCACAAUCCAUGGCCCAGGGGAACGAAAAUGGCUCCCUUCGAUCGAGAAUUCUUCAUACUGAUGAACGUUGCCGUUGGUGGUGAUUUCUUUCCAGAUGGUGCCUGGAAUCCUCAUCCGAAACCAUGGAGACAGGGCAGCCCAAGUGCGAUGAACGAUUUCUACAAAGCGAAAUCUUCCUGGUACAGUACGUGGGGCGAACAGGCUGCUCUUCAAGUGGAUUAUGUUAGGGUUUGGGCAGCUUGAAAAAUGGGAAUUAUCAAUCAAGUGAUCGAUAUAUGAAAGUUAAAAAUACAAAAUAAAACUUAAAUUAAAUUUAUGCAAUUCAUAUUUAAACACAAAAUAAUCUGCUGCUAUAGAAUAUUAUUUCGUACAACUUUUUUGCGUAACUAGGUGGGGGGCUAGCUUUGCUUAGCUUAGUCCCCACUAGGGGAGAUUUAAAAAAUUGGCUUGAUUUUUUAAUUUUAAGGAAAAACUAUAGUUGGAUAACUCCAGAUAAUAAAAAUUUAAGAGUAAUUUUUAAUUGCUUCACUACUAUAA